CCCAGGUGAGAGGAACUGGAAAUAGUGUGGAUUAAUCCCUGUCCCUGACAGCAGAAGGAGGGAAUGGAGGAUAGGGUACUUCACGAGUUAUGAGGACAAAUUAAAUUCAAGACGGCCACAUAAAAACAAUUUAAUAGUCUGUUUGCAGGAUAGGAACAGUCUCUCAGGCCCAGACACUGCCCAUUAUCAGCUGCCUAGAGCUCCUCCAGGUGAUAGAUGUGGGGCUGUAUGAGCUGAUUGUGGAAAAUUGAACAUGAAGCCCAGAAUAACUUCUGCCUGGUCACUCAGAGAGUCUAUGACCCUACCUCUUUAUUGAAGGAGGUAGAAAUGAGAUAAAGAGUGGACAAGUGGAGGAACCCUACUCCCCCCUGCCCCAGCACCCCUCCUGACCGUGAAGCAUGGCAGGCCUACAGCUGGUCACCCCCGCCUCCUCACCCAUGGGGCCUUUCUUUGGUCUCCCUUGGCAACAGGAGGCCAUCCACGACAACAUCUACACGCCUAGGAAAUAUCAGGUUGAACUUCUUGAAGCAGCUCUAGAACACAAUACUAUUGUCUGCUUAAAUACUGGCUCAGGGAAGACCUUUAUUGCAGUACUCCUAACAAAGGAGCUCUCCCAUCAAAUUCGAGGAGACUUCCAAAAACAUGGAAGGAAGACUGUUUUUUUGGUUAACGCAGCAGCGUCAGUCAUUCAGCAAGCAGCUACUGUUAGGACCCACUCUGAUCUCCAAGUGGGAGAGUACACCAGCACGGAGAGGACCUUGGAAUGGACAGAUGAACGUUGGAGUCGAGACAUUGUCGAAAAGCAGGUGUUGGUAAUGACGUGUCAUAUCUUCCUGCAUGUCCUGAAGAAUGGAAUCUUGCCACUAUCAAAAAUCAACCUGGUGGUGUUUGACGAAUGUCACCUGGCAAUCACGGACCAUCCCUAUCGGGAGAUAAUGAAGCUAUGUGAGGGCUGUCCGUGCAGCCCUCGGAUCCUGGGUCUCACCGCUUCCAUUCUAAAUGGCAAGUGUGACCCAUCUGAACUAGAGCAGAAAAUCCAGAACCUGGAGCGCAUCCUGAGGAGCAACGCUGAGACUGCCACAGACCUCGUAGUCCUGGACCGAUAUGCAUCCCAGCCCAGAGAGGUGGUGCUGGAUUGUGGACCUUACCUGGACAAGAGUGGCCUGUCGGAGCGUCUGCUGGGAGAGCUGGAUGAGGCUAUCCACUUCCUCAACGACUGCAACAUACCUGUGGCCAGGGAGGACAGAGACCCCACAUUCAUCUCCAAACAGGUGCUGAGCGACUGCCGGGCUGUGCUGCUGGUCUUGGGACCAUGGUGCGCAGACAAGGUGGCAGGCAUCAUGGUACGCGAGCUCCAGAAGUAUAUCAAGCACGAGCAAGAGGACCUCAACCGCAAGUUCUUGCUGUUCACCGACACCAUCCUGCGCAAGGUGCACGCCCUCUGCGAGGAGCACUUCUCCCCUGCCUCGCUGGACCUCAAGUUUGUCACGCCCAAGGUGAUCCGUCUACUGGAGAUCCUCCACGAGUACAAACCUUUCGAACGGCAGCAGUUUGAGAGUGUGGAGUGGUACAACAACCGCAACCAGGACAACUAUGUCUCCUGGAGCGACUCGGAGGAUGAAGACGAGGAUGAGGAGGUGGAGGUGAAGGAGAAGCCCGAGGCCAACUUUCCUUCUCCGUUCACCAACAUCCUGUGCGGGAUCAUCUUUGUGGAGAGGCGCUACACAGCGGUUGUCUUAAAUCGGCUGAUCAAGGAGGCAGGAAAGCAGGACCCAGAGCUGGCCUACAUCAGCAGCAACUUCAUCACUGGCCACAGCAUCGGCAAGAACCAGCCCCGAAACAAGCAGAUGGAGGUGGAGUUCAGGAAGCAGGAGGAAGUCCUCCGCAAAUUCCGGGCACACGAAACCAACCUGCUUAUCGCCACCAGCAUUGUGGAGGAAGGGGUGGAUAUCCCCAAGUGCAACCUGGUGGUCCGCUUCGACCUGCCCACUGAGUACAGGUCCUAUGUGCAGUCUAAAGGCCGAGCCAGAGCUCCUGUCUCCAACUACAUCAUGCUGGCUGACAGCGAGAGGACAAAAACCUUUGAGGAGGACCUCAAGACCUAUAAGGCCAUAGAAAAGAUCCUGAGGAACAAGUGCUCCAAGUCUGCAGAAGCGAGUGACUUUGAGGUGGAGCAAGUGCUGGACGAUGACAACAUUCUUCCACCCUAUGUGCUACGUUCAGAGGAUGGAGGCCCCAGAGUGACUAUCAACACAGCCAUUGGGCACAUCAACAGGUACUGUGCCCGACUACCAAGUGACCCAUUCACCCACCUGGCACCCAAGUGCAAGACGGCGGAGCUCAAGGAUGGACGCUACCAGUCCACUCUCUACCUGCCUAUCAACUCCCCUCUGAGAGUGCCUGUCAAGGGGCCAAUAAUGAAUUGUGGCAGACUUGCAGAGAAAGCAGUUGCACUUCUAUGUUGCGAGAAGCUUCACAAAAUAGGGGAGCUGGAUGACCACCUGAUGCCGGUGGGGAAGGAGACGGUGAAGUACGAGGAGGAGCUGGACCUCCAUGAUGAAGAAGAGACCAGUGUCCCAGGCCGUCCGGGUUCCACCAAAAGGAGGCAGUGCUACCCCAAAGCCAUACCGGAGUGUCUACGGGACAGUUACCCUGUUCCAGCGCAGUCCUACUACCUGUACGUGAUAGGCAUGGUCCUUACCACCCCUCUCCCAGAUGAGCUCAACUUCCGCAGGAGGAAGCUCUACCCCCCUGAGGACACUACAAGGUGCUUCGGCAUCCUGACGGCCAAACCCAUUCCUCGGAUCCCCCACUUCCCAGUGUACACACGCUCGGGCGAGGUGACAAUCUCCAUUGAGCUGCAGAAGUUAGGUUUCACCCUCAGUGCGGCCCAGCUGGAUCUCAUCACGCGCCUGCACCAGUACAUAUUUUCCCACAUCCUGCGGCUAGAGAAGCCAGCUCUGGAGUUUAGGCCCACGCAAGCGGACUCUGCUUACUGUGUCCUACCGCUCAACUAUGUGGACGAUUCCAAUACUCUAGAUUUGGACUUUAAGUUCAUGGAGGACAUUGAGAAGUCUGAGGCACGCAUCGGCAUUCCCACCACCCUGUACACCAAGCAGAACCCCUUCAGCUUCAAACUGGAGGACUACCAGGACGCUGUCAUCAUUCCAAGGUAUCGCAACUUUGACCAGCCGCACCGCUUCUACGUGGCUGAUGUGUACACGGACCUCACCCCGCUCAGCAAGUUCCCUUCACCAGAGUACGAGACGUUUGCAGAGUACUACAAAACCAAGUAUAACCUGGACCUGUCCAACCUGAACCAGCCCCUCCUGGAUGUCGACCACACCUCCUCCAGACUGAACCUGUUAACCCCUCGUCACUUGAACCAAAAGGGAAAAGCCCUCCCUCUCAGCAGUGCUGAGAAGAGGAAGGCCAAAUGGGAAAGUCUUCAAAACAAGCAGAUCCUGGUCCCAGAGCUGUGUGCCAUCCACCCUAUCCCUGCUUCCCUGUGGAGGAAGGCUGUGUGUCUGCCCAGUAUCCUGUACCGCCUCCACUGCCUCCUGACCGCCGAGGAGCUCCGGGCUCAGACAGCCAGCGAUGCCGGGGUGGGAGCCCAGACCUUGCCCCCUGACUUCAGGUAUCCAAACUUGGACUUUGGCUGGAAAAGGUCGAUCGACAGCAAGUCGUUCAUUUCCUGUUCUGGUUCGUGUGCCGAGGACAGCGAGGAUCACUGUAAACACCAUACAACUGUAGCACCCGACUCACCUGAUGCCCAGCAACCAUGUAGUAUCCACGCCUCCCCACCCAACCAGGGCUCUGACCCCUCUGAGGACUACAAAUCCCACAAUGCCGAGGGGUUGGAGACGGAGCCUGAAGACCAAAACUCCGCUUGCACCAGGAACCUCACUAACGGCACUGCCCUCGCUGGCGAAGACGGCGGCGGCCAUGAAGCGCACCUUGACGGAUGUGACAAGAAUUGCCAACGCUCCCAGGCUGUCUUGCCGCUGGAGAGCCAUGUAAUGACACAAACCACUACCUCAGUUCCUGUGCAGCCCUCUCCCAGCACCGAGAACCAGAAAUCAGUUCCUGCUCCCCAGCUCCAGAACCUGCCUCAACCCCAGGCCAGCGACGAAUGUAGACCAGGGAGGACCUCAGAGCCCUGUGAGGGCCACAGACGUGUGAAUAAACCUACCUCAGACGGCUGCCGCCUUGCAGCCAAGGGGCCUACCGCUUCCUCAGAACCUUCACCUGACCCCUCCUCGGCAGCAGACUCCCCCAAGACCCUGGGACCCAACCCGGGCCUCAUCCUACAGGCCCUCACCCUGUCCAACGCCAGCGAUGGCUUCAACUUGGAGCGCCUUGAGAUGCUGGGCGACUCCUUCCUCAAGCAUGCCAUCACCACCUACCUGUUCUGCACCUAUCCUGAUGCGCACGAGGGGCGCCUGUCCUAUAUGAGGAGCAAGAAGGUGAGCAACUGUAAUUUAUACCGUCUGGGAAAGAAGAAGGGUCUCCCCAGCAGGAUGGUGGUCUCCAUAUUUGACCCCCCAGUCAACUGGUUGCCCCCUGGCUACGUUGUCAACCAGGACAAGAGCAGCCCUGACAAGUGGGACUCUGAUGAGGCCAAAGAGGACCCUCUGGCCAACGGAGCCGGCGAGGACUUCGAAGACGAGGAGGAGGAGGAAGCGGAGGAGCCUGAGGAGGAUGAGGAGCUCAUGUGGAAGGAGGAGGAGGAGCCCAAGGACGAGGUGAACAUGGAGGACGACCUGGAGUACUACCAUGAGCACAUCAAGUUCAUCGACAACAUGCUCAUGGGCUCAGGGGCCUUCGGCAAGAAGAUCUCCCUCAGCACUUUCCCCCCCUCACCCACCCCGGCUGCCGCCUCCUCGCCGUCGCCGUCCCCCUCCCCUGCGGCCGACCCGCCCAGCGAGUGGAAGCCCCCUAAGAAGUCCCCACACCCCGCCGCUGCCCAGUACGCCUCGGACGCGGCCGCCGCCGGGGGAAGCGUCUCGGGCGGGGCGGAGGAGUUUGACUACAGCUCGUGGGAUGCCAUGUGCUACCUGGACCCCAGCAAGGCGGGCGAGGAGGACGACUUUGUGGUGGGAUUCUGGAACCCCUCGGAGGAGAACUGCGGGGCGGAGCUGGGCAAGCAGUCCAUCUCGUACGACCUCCACACGGAGCAGUGCAUCGCCGACAAGAGCAUAGCCGACUGCGUGGAGGCGCUGCUGGGGUGCUACCUCACCAGCUGUGGAGAGAGAGCCGCCCAGAUGUUCCUCUGCUCCCUCGGACUCAAGGUGUUGCCAGUAGAGAGGAAAAGCCAAAAGAGUGUAAGUGAGGUCAUGACUGCCCUGACCCCGACCCUUGACCUCCACUACGGCUGGCUGAAGAUUCCACCUCGUUGCAUGUUUGACCACCCUGACGCGGAGCGCACCCUAAACCACCUCAUCUCCGGGUUUGAGAACUUUGAGAGGAAGAUCAACUACACCUUCCAGAACAAGGCCUACCUGCUGCAGGCUUUCACUCACGCCUCCUACCAUUACAAUACCAUUACAGAUUGUUACCAGCGGCUUGAGUUUCUUGGCGAUGCAAUCCUAGACUACCUCAUAACUAAGCACCUUUAUGAAGACCCGCGCCAGCACUCACCCGGCGUGCUCACGGACCUGCGCUCUGCGCUCGUCAACAACACCAUCUUCGCCUCGCUGGCCGUCAAGUAUGACUACCACAAGUACUUCAAGGCCGUCUCACCGGAGCUGUUCCACGUCAUUGACGACUUUGUGCAAUUCCAGCUGGAGAAGAACGAGAUGCAAGGCAUGGACUCUGAGCUUCGCCGCUCAGAGGAAGAUGAGGAGAAAGAGGAGGACAUUGAGGUCCCAAAGGCCAUGGGGGAUAUCUUCGAGUCGCUAGCCGGAGCAAUUUACAUGGAUAGCAGGAUGUCACUUGAGACGGUGUGGCAAGUGUAUUAUCCAAUGAUGAGGCCACUUAUAGAGAAAUUCUCAGCAAACGUCCCCCGCUCUCCGGUGCGAGAGCUGUUGGAGAUGGAGCCGGAGACGGCAAAGUUCAGUCCUGCGGAGCGGACGUACGACGGCAAGGUCCGGGUUACGGUGGAGGUCGUGGGCAAGGGCAAGUUCAAAGGUGUGGGUCGCAGCUACCGCAUCGCCAAGUCCGCCGCUGCUCGACGAGCACUGCGCAGCCUGAAAGCCAACCAACCUCAGGUCCAGAACAACUGAGCUUCUUUCUCGUGCUAGCUAAUCCAACGUUGCUAGCGUCCUAGCUACAGACAAUAGAAACCUAACGCUUUUGCUAGCAAUCACAUAAUUAAACCCUGUAUCUUCUGCCCACAAUGGCACAACCAAGGCAGCCAGGGAACACUGGGGGACAACUAGACACGCGGGCCGACACCACAGCGGAUUUCACAUUGGACUUUUUGUUUUCUUUUUUUUUGCGCAAACACAAUCCUUACUUUCCCUCUCUCUUCUGCUUUGUGUAAUCACAAGAGUGCUUUAUUAACGUUUAGCAAAGUGUUAAAAAAAAAAAAAAAGGUCAGGUGUCGUUUUGUCUUUCUCACUGUUCUUUUUUUAUGUUUGUUUAACCUUUGCUUUGUGUCAGUGAGAUGUGAGGCUAAUGCGUAUUACAUGUAGUGUUAGUUUGUACAUAGUUCAAAUCAAAGGUGUAAAACAAAGAGAGAGAAAACAAUACGCUAAACCCCUCAGCCUGUGCACUAGUGGCAGUUUUACUCGCUGUGGCAGGCGGGACUAACGGAUAGACACCACCAGGGCAGGACCAGUGUUGUCACCUCUGUUGGAAAAAAGAACGAAAAAACAAAAAUCUGUCUUGAUGGUGUUCUUAAUAAUUUUUGCACUUAUUCCAUUAGGGUCUGUUAUGUGGAGAAUUGUGUGGUCAAAUGAACACCAAAAUCAUAUGCGUAGCGAUAUAUAUAUAUAGAACAAUUUAUUAUUCUAUUCUCUGCCUUACUUGCUAAGGCCCUCCCUCAUAUCCUGAGAAAUGGAUAGGAAUUCAACAUUCCCAGUUACUGUAAAUUCAAAGUUUUUAACAGCACUCGAGGAUGCAUGUUUGUGUAACUUAUGUAUUAACCAUGGCAACUGAAUGGCUUAUAUAUAAACGAAAAGAAUCUAUCAAUAUAUCUAAAGAGAAAGAGAUAUUAAAUGUUUAUUAUGGCAUAAGUCAUCCCCUUGGUUCCAGCAAAAUGUAUUUCGAUACCAAGAAUGGGCAUGUUCCUUUUGACAGUCAUUUUCAAGCAUUUAGAUGUUGUUUUCAUUUUUUUUCUUUUCAUUUACUGAAUCAUUGGGUUUUGGUAGUACACACAUAAGAGGAAAACAUAUCACCCAAGCAAUAUGCUGAAUAUUUUAUAUGAAUUGGAUACUUCUGUAUGACACGGAGCACCUUUUUAAAUACAGUCAUUAGGAGCUGCAAGGUAAUAAUCCAACCAACUCUUUUCUCACAUCCAUCACUUACCAAAGCUAUAGCAGAUGUGACACUACAGGGUUGCACAUGUGAAGUCAGUUCUAAGGGAUACGGAUACCAGCCUUGGUUUUUAUUUAAAUUUUAGUUCAAACACCUUUUGUGGACGGCUUCUUGCCUAAAUGUUUUUUUUUCUCCUUCCCCUCCUUGUAUCAAUCAGCCCUUUUCACUUGAAUACCUCAGUUAAUUGCAUGCUUUUUUUUGGUGCUAUGUUUUUUGUAUUAAGCUUGAAUUUCUCAUCUUUUUGCACUGUAACUAUAAUACCUCUUUAUUUGACCUUUUAAAAUCUGUUGUUGGUUGUCCUGUUCUAUCAGCCAUCCUGCUUUAGAGGUGAGCUGUGUUCCCCCCCUUCCACCUACCCUGACCCAUCCUCCCUGGAUUGAAUGCUUGAAGAUUUGGGGUUGACACCAAGGGUAUUCUCCAAACAUAAGCCUAAGCAAACGCAUAUCUUUUUAUAUAUAUACAUACACACAUAUAACGCAUUCAUAAUAACCAAUGGUCUGAAGGGUCCUUUCAUUGCCUGUAGAGAAACAGAUUGCACUCUAAAUUGCAUAUAUAACUUUUGGAAGAUAAUUUAAUUUGAAUUCUCUCAUACCACUCUGAAUUUCUUUCCCUCUGCAUUCCUUGUGUAGCCUACCAGCGGUUGGUUACCAACCAGGUGUGGUUACCAGCGCUGAAACAAUCCUAUACUCUUGUUGCCCCAAAACAUCGGGUGAAGCUACAUCACUUGUAUCUUCCACAUUGUCUAAACGAGGAACCAGACUUUUAUUGGUAGUCCUUAAGGUCCGUUCAUUUCAGACUCCUGUUAAGGAUUGUACAGUAUUUGAACACAAUAUAUAUAUUUAUUGUAUACUUUUAAGCUAUGUGUUAGUAUGGCUGACAAAUGUAUGGUAAAGCCAUCAAAUCCCACUGUAGGUGCUACUACCUCAGAAGAUACUGCACUCUGAUCAAUGCCAGUCACUAUGUCUUAUUUCAUUAUAUAAACAAGAAUGAACUAUACUUAUUUCUGGAAAUGCCUGCAAUUUGACUAAUAGCUAUGUUAGGGGCAAAUACUGUAGUCUUUUUACUGUGAUAUACGUACCUUUUAAAACCAAGAUAUACAUGAACAUAGAACAUCUAUUGAAACACAAGACAAUGCUUUGCACUCAACAUUCCCAGAGUAAACUUUUAUCAAUUUGAUAUUAUAUAUUUUUGUCAACUGAAGGAGUGCAAGCUGAGACAGUGCCUUUGGACUUAGUAUAAUUAUAAUCAUGCUACAGCCAGAAAGUAGCUACAGCUGUGCUGUUUGUUCAUUUUGAGUGUGUGAAUUUAUUACAAUUAAUUUGUCUCUUUCACAUUAAAUAUUCAUUUACAUAGUCAGACUUCCAAAAGGUAGAAACUGUUGAAAGUUAACAUAAGUAUCACAAGUGCUAACUUAGAAGUUACUUACUUUGAGCUCCCUUUCAGUUCCUCUGAAAUGCUUAAGCUGUGAAAUAGAGUGCAAUCUGGGAUUCAUUGUCAAGCAUGAGUGUGAUCCUGGCGGACCUAGGAAUUUUAACACAGUUUGGGCUAUAUGUUGGGGUGUUAUCUAAUUAACACACUAUAAGAACUGGUUUGACAUUAAUUUAAUAUCAUGUCAUUCGGUUUUGUUUUCAUGGAAUUCUCUUGGCCUCAAGCUGAACUUUAUUGAAAUGUGGACUACACUCAAGUUAAUGUGAAAUCGCUCAUACAGUGCCACACCCAUUGUCAUUUGUUCGAUAAAAAUAAGGAUAUUCUCAUAAUUACAAAAAGAAUUGAUCUAGCAACAUGAAAUUUCUGCAACCUCAGUGUUGAAUUGUCUUUGGCAGUUAACUUGUAAAGGUAGUCCUCUAUGGUUUGCUGCACACUUUUCUUACUGGCAGAGUUUUCUUUUUUUUAUUGCUUUAUUUUAUUUUGUACAUGUAGCACAAUUGAGCAUUGCACUUGGGCGCCAUACGUUACCUCAUGUCAGAGAGUGAAAGAGUGAGAUUAAAAAGUGUAUAUGAUAUGUCGUUACGUUGAGGAAGUAAAAACAAUACAGAUACAAAAAUAAAAUAUGAAUAAUUAAAAAAAAAUUGGUUCAGGCUUUGCUGCUGUUCAAUAGCUGGUAUUUUACAAUUGUAUUUAGGAGAAGAAAUGAUCUGACGAAAGAUACAUUGUGCCUGCAGGUUAUCUGAUGAAUACACUGUAGUAAAUAAAUGUAGAGAUCUCUGUGAUUUGGGGCUCAAUGUAUGUAUUGUGUAUACAUUGAUGUUCUGCCUUAAAUAUGAUUCGUUUUGAAUAUUGAAUUGUAAUGUAACCUUAGAAACGACCAUGUCUUUGGACAGGCAUGACUUGAAUAAUGUUUAGUCUAUUAUUUCACCCUCCAGAUUCCAGUUAACUAGUUCCAUAUGGAAUAGUGUAUGUCUAGUAAAGAGGUUCCCCCCUCCCCCCUUGUGUAUUUCACUUUGUGUUAGUAUUUUGGUCUAAUGAAACAAUUUUCCAGCUCUUUGCAUUGGUAAACAAGGGCUGAUAAAUUGGUUAAGGAUGAAAGUGUACAGGCCAUAAAGAAAUGCCUUCUGAUGACGAAUGACAUGAAAUUACAGAAAUCUAAAUCGAAUGCACUCUACAGCAGUAAGUUGCUCCAGCAAAGCCAGUGAGGACUCUCAACGAUGACUUUAGGGCAAAUGAACUUGGGUGACUGUCUUUGUUUCCAUACAGCGGAACACCAGCAGAUUGGAGCAGAAUAGAAUGGAACUGGAUAGAUGUAAUGAUUUCAGUAUGGGGAAUUAUGGGCCAUCACAACCUGCAGCUGAAUUUUAAGGGACAUUGACGAGAGAAAAAAAAAUAUAUACUUCUCACUCAUACUGUAAUACUGUGCUGCAGUGGUUUGCAGUCUGCACCUUAUGGAUCACAAAUACCUUUAAUAUUCUUUUGUUUUUUCCUUUUUGUAAUUGUAGCCAAGUAUAUCUACAAUAAAGUUAUGGUAUGGUCA